CCCGUCAUUAAAGUCCAAAGGACUGACGUGGAAAGGGAGGAAGAUAAGGGGACUCUUUACACGCAGGGCGGUGAAUAAACACCGUCACUGAUCUUCACUCACGUAGUUUCCCUCGACAUCAGGAGACUAAACGGACAGAAUGGCACCAAAGUACACAGAUUUAGAGCUGGCCAUCAACACCAUAGUAACCCAGUUCCAUGCAGCCUCUGCAAAUGAAGCUCCUACUUUGACAGUAAAGGAGUUCCAGGAAAUGCUUUCCAAAGAACUGCCUUCUGUGAAUCCCAAGGAUGAGGAAGGGCUUAACCAGAUGCUGAAGGAGAUGGAAGUGCCAGAGGGGCAGGGGGUCACCUUUGAGAACUUUUGGAAGCUGGUGAAUUCCAUCGCCAGCACUCAGUGUGGGCUGCUCCAGAAAGACAAAAGUGUUAAAUGCACUUGCUUGCUACUUUGAAAUCCAGUGCAAGUAAAUAAUCUAUGCAAAGUGCUCAUCUGCCCCUUCCAGUUCAUGCAGGGGCAAUGCUAAUGCUGUCCCAGCAGGCUCUUGUUCAGACUUAUUUUACCUUAUCUUUUACACGUUAUCAGAUUCUCCAGACAAAAUCUCAGCCACACCUGUAACCUAAAUGGCUAAACAGUGCCAACAUUAUAAGGGUUAUAUACACAUGAGUUUGUGUACAAUAUGUGAAGAAGCAGCUUUUUAUGUACUAAUAUGCUUUGGUGCUGCAAGUAUGUCGGUUAAACUUUUCUGAUUUAACCUUCUCAUCAUGACAUUUUUGUAGAAUGAUGAUAUUUGCAAUAAUUAUUGUGUUGUAUGACGCUUAGUUAUUUUUAACAAGUGUCCUUUUUAUACAUACUAAUACACUUUUGUACCAUGGUAAAAUAUAAAUAAGUAUGUAAAGUAAUAAAAAAUAUAUGUUGGCAUCCAGAAAAAAAA